AUGGCAAAGCAACGCAAAAACGUAGGGGUUACUGCGAAAAUUAUGGAACCGUUGUUGACGAUACCGAAUUCAACGUCCUCGCAGCAGACCGUGUCCGUGUCUUUGUCCGUGUCUUCGUCCGUGUCUUCGUCCGUGUCUUCGUCUUCCGUUCCUGCUCAAUCAAAGUAUGUAAAAUUGCUACGCAUCAUAGAACAGCUAGGUCGCGAUCUUAAACCUUUUUAUACUGGUAGCAAACUUCGCAAGACAAUGCCUAAAGUUGAACGCGAUCUCAUGAAAGCAUGUCGUCUUGUCAAACAAUGUCGAGUCGAAGCUACGAAAAGCUCCAAGAAGGCAUACCAAUAA